UUUCCGGCAGUGCUUUACUAUUGUGGCAAGUGUCUGUGCAGCACUGUCUUGCAGCAUGCUAGAUCCUGAGGGCAGUGUGGAGCACAAGGCUUCCUCUUCCUUCCCCAAAGUUUUCCUCAUCCCUCUAGCCAUGCUCCUUGCAAUAGCAGCACUCCUGCUCUUAGCCUUUUCCGCUACUCAGCAGAAAGAGACUGAUUUUUACACUUUCAAAGUUGUAAACAUCAGGGGCAAGCUAGUCUCUCUGGAGAAAUACAGGGGCUCGGUGUCUCUAGUUGUUAACGUUGCAAGUGAGUGUGGAUAUACAGAUAGCCACUACAAGGCCUUACAACAGUUACAGAGAGACCUCGGCCCGUAUCAUUUCAAUGUGCUGGCAUUCCCCUGCAAUCAGUUUGGGCAGCAAGAACCAGACAGUAACAGAGAAAUCGAGAGUUUUGCACGGAAGAUGUAUGGUGCCUCCUUUCCUAUGUUCAGCAAAACUGCCGUCAGCGGUGCCGGUGCAAUUCCUGCCUUCAAGUACUUAAUCGAUUCCACAGGAGAAGAACCAACCUGGAACUUCUGGAAAUACCUGGUGGACCCUAAUGGGAAAGUAGUAAAGGCCUGGGACUCUACUGUCUCUGUUGAAGAAAUAAGACCCUAUGUUACAGAACUUGUGAGGAAAAUCAUCCUGAAGAAGAAAGAUGAAUUGUGACUUUCGAAAGUUCCAGCAUGUCAGUUACAUCUUUACUGAGAAUUAGGACUGGAGUUUGUCUUUUCACAUUCCAGAGGAGGGAAUACGGGGAAGGGAAUCUGUAUUCACCAUCCUAAGAAUACAAGAUAGUAAGUUUGUAUCGUCAAAGCAAUUUAAGUUAUUCUCCAACUGAAUUCAAUUUGACCUUUCAGGGAAAGACGACUCAUCAGCAAUUGUUUCUUUCCCAAUUCAAAUUACUGAUUGUUGAUAAGACUAUAGAAAGUCAGUUAGUGUAUCUCUGGGGUGAAGGCUGAGAAUAAUUAUAAAUUUCUUAAAGAGAUCUCACUGCCAUCUACAAUUCUCACAUUUUGAUCAUGAAUUGAAUUAAAAAAUAAAAAAAGGAUAAAGAACGUGAUUGACUUAGUGCAUGCACUAGGGCAAAAGCCAAAACAGAUACCUUCAAACCAGGCAGACCUAAUAGAUAUUUUUCUUUCCAGUUACCAAGGCCAAACACAAUUCACAUUAUCUGCCUGGCAGUUUAUUAGGAAGAGCAUGAGGAAAACUUGUUUAUAUAACUGAAAUGAAAGAAAUAUGAAGACGAAGUCUCUGUAAAAAUUCUCUGAAAACUAUGAGAAGAAUCCCUACAUUCUUUCACUCAGUAAAAAUUAUCAGAUGAUAUUUAAAUAGCCAUUUGAACAUCUAUAGGGUCAGAGCUCAUAGGAAAUGGACAUUUCUUUCUGACAUAAUCAUCUUGCCUCAGAAAAAUUACUCUCACCCCAUACAGUCUGGUUAAGUUUAUGUUUUCAAUUCAUAACAUCAUCUGAUUUUGCUGCAUGUAGAGACAAACAUUAGAGGAUCAAUAUUCCAACAACGAAAUCAUUUUUUUCCAAAUGUUUAAUGUUACAUUGUUAUAUAAUGGCCCAUUGUUUAAUGUUACAUUAAUGUUAUAAUGUUACAUUAAUGUUAUAAGGUUUAAUGUUACAUUUUUCAAAUGUUUUCAAAUAUUACAUUUUUCAAAUGUGGUACUCCAACAUCUGCUCAGACUUCAGACUGCAGGUCCUCUUAGCUCAUACCAAAAUAAUAAAACAAACAAAUAUGGCCUCAUUGUUCUUUGACAGAAACCCUUUGAAAAUCUUGACAGCAAGAACUCUUUUCAUCUCCACAGAAACACAAUGUACAGGUCCCCAGCUCUUAACCCCAGGAUGCUUUAAGAAGAAUCUAGUCUUGUCCAAUUGCAGUAUUAUUGACAAGUGAAAGCUUUUUUGUGCUUUGAAAUGCUUUUUAGAGUAGCACAAACAAUAUUUGUCCAUAUAGUUGCCAGGGCCCAAGUGCACCAACAAGCCUUAAUUGCCCUGACCACAGUAUGAACUUUUUCCAACUGAUCAUUGCCGCUAUAGUUUGUCAGCAUCCAGAAAUUUUGCUCCAGUUGAAACCAAAGGCAAAUGUUAUGGCAUGUGCUGGCUUGCAGAAGAAGGGAGGAAGAAGAGUACUGAAGAGUUACUGGAAAGAAGAGUGUUUAUUCUAGAGUAAUUGAUGGCUUCCAUGCUUUGGGAAGUUGCUGUUGUCUCCUGAGGUCACCACUGGACCCUGUUCUGUGGAGCUGUCCAAGGAAGUAGGAGCUGGAGCUACUCUAGGAUUUGCAGAAAGGCCCCAGAGAAAGAUUGUACUGCACAAAGCAAGCUGAAUUUGCCUGAAUGAAGCUGAGAGCAAGGGGUUUUUAUUCUUAGUAAAAAAGAAAAAGGCGGGGGAGGAGAAUAAGAGGAAAAAGUAGCAGAAAUACAAAAGCAGAGAGAGCAAGUAAAAAGGGAGAAAUUAGAAGGAAAUGGAUGGGCAGAUUGCAGCCCAAGACAGGAGAAUCUUUGAGACACAUGGGUGAUGGAAAUGUUCAGGUUAUGUCAAUACUAAUGAGUAUGCUCCAUGUUACAUCAGCUAGUUCCCCCCUGGAGUGUAACUUAACAGUGCAGGAAAUUGCUGCUAGUGUCAGUGAAUACAUCUAUAUUUUCCUCCUCUGAUGGAGAGGAGGAAAGUGUAUUUUACAGUCCAUUCAGUUGUUCAGUCUAUUCUUAUAUGAAUCACUGUGUCUAAGACAAUAGUUACAAAGGAACGUCACAAAGAAAGCAGGAGCAGGGCCAGCUGUUCUGCACUGGGACAGGGAGCCUAGCUACUAGGAAACGAGAUCAUUUACAAGUUUAUAGAUUGUUUAUCUUUUCCUCUGUGCAUUGAUACUAAUUCAGUGCCCCAGUGUGCUGUUAGCAGGUGCUGCAGGGCUGCAAAUAGUCUCCUUAGAAAGUAUUUCUUCAUUUUAUAACUGAGGCCCUGAUGAGCUCAGACCAUACUUUGCAAGACAUUUCAAGCUCUCUCUCUUUCAACUUAGGAUGUCUCCUUUCAAACAGAAUUUUGGAUUUACAUAGUUCUGAUCUUGCAUUCUUUAUAAGACAAAUUCUAGAAAUCUGAAGAGCUAUAAUGGCAAUGAUCAGUUGGAAGGAAUUCAUACUAUAUCGAGAGAUAUUGUUUGUCCUACUUAAAAAAGCAUUAUGAAGCACAAAAAAAGCUUUUGCUUGUCAAUAAUAUUGCACAUUGGACAAGACUAGAGUCUUCUUAAAGCUUCCUGGGGUUAAGAGCUGGGGACCUGUACACUAUGUUUUUGUUGAGAUGAAAAGAGUUCCUGCUAACAGGAUUUUCAAAGGGUUUUUUGUUGAAGAACAAUGAGGCUGUAAUUGUUACUAUUAUUAUUUUAGUAUGGGCUAAAAAGAUCUUUAGUCUGAAGUCUCAGCAGAUGUCCAAGUGCUAUGAAUAACUUAAUUUUAAUGCUGAUGAGUAUUAGAGUUGAUGAUGUUCUUACCACCUUAACAGGAACUAAGGUAAGAAUUACAUAGGCAAGCCUUGAUACAGCAAUGAAUUUGAGCAGGGCAUAUAAUUUUAAGCACAUGGAUACUCUCUCAGAACUUAACAGAAACAUUUCUGUGGUUAAAUUAAGCAUGUGACCUAUUUUCAAUCCUUUGUUGCAUUGGAAUCAUAGUUUGUAUAACAAAUGUUUUGGUCUUUUAAACAAAGUUACAGAAUAAAUGUAACCAUUUUUGGUUAUAGAUUAAUUCA